AUGACAUCAAAUAAUAGUGCAAGUGGAAGUUUAUUCAAUCAUUUUGGUUCAACUUGUUGUGGAAAUUUGAUUAGGUCAAAUUAUCACACCAAUAGAAUUUCUCUAAAGAAUCUACAACAAGAAUGUACUGAAAAAUUGGAAAGUCUUGAAGAAAAGGUUUCACAAUUGGUAGUUGCUUCUUUGGCUAACAAUUCUGAUGAUUUGUUGAUAAAACAAAAGAAACAAAUUGGAAAUGAAGUUUAUUUACUUCUCGGGAAGAUAAAUCAAGUUGCACAAUCAGGAGAAAAUUCUGCUCAAUUUUAUUUGAAUUAUAUUAGAGCUGUUAGAUUGUGUGUCAAAUGUUCAUUGAAAGGUUUUAUUAAUCUUGAAACAACUGAUGACUUUUUGGCAUUCUUGAUUAGGGAAAGAGAAAGAUUGACUGAAAUCAAAGAUCCUUCACCAGCAGUUCCUCACUUUGUUGUUGAAUUUAUUAAGAGAGAAAUUACAGAACAAGAUGUAAUUGUUGAGAAUGAAGAUUGGCUCUUUGAUUACACGUUCAAUGCAUUCAAAACAAACCCAGUUCUUAUUGCAUAUGCUUCAAAUAUCAAUUUGUGUCAAUUCCUUCAACAAUACUUGUCUGAAUAUGUUUCAUUAAAUAUGAACAUGAUUGGAAAUACUGAAUUGGAAUAUGAAGAUCAAGUUAUUGUUGAAAAGGAAUUUUUCGAAUCUGUAUUCUAUUGGGCUUAUUAUGUUGCCAAUGUGAACUCAUUUGUUGUGGAAGAAAACUCAUUAAAUCACAUGAAGAAGAUUUGUGAACAAUACGAUGCAUGGAAAGGAAUCAAUAAGGAUGUAACAAUAACUGAUUUGGAAACUGGACUCGAACUCAAGCUCGACUCUUGUAUGGAAGUUGUCAGAGGAUCUAUUUAUGUCUGUGAAGGAAACUUGAGAGAAGCUGAAAAGUCACUUAAUAGAGCAAUUGAAAUUGAUCCAAACAAUGUUCAUGCAAGUGGACUCUUAUUGAGGGAAUGUACUUUGAAUUUAUAUCCAGAAAAGUUGGAAAGUCUCCAAGAAAUUAACAAUACCAUCACAAGAUUUAAUCGUGUCCUUGAUACUAUGAGAAAUAAGGAAAUAGGAGGAGAGUUGCCUACUUCUGAAAUUCCUCUAUUCUCAGCUGAUACCAAUGUAAAAGCCAGUAUUUUAUUACAUGCUGCUUCACUUGUCAAUAAGGAAAGCAAAUCUUAUGGAGAACUCAUCAAGAAAUCAAAGGAAUUUUAUGACUUAUCAGACAAGUUCAUCAAACUUCCUUACAAUAUUUUGAAUCUUUUUAAUAGAGCUAGAUUAUAUUACAGUUUGGAAGAUUACACCAAUGCAGUUGCCACAGUUGAGCAAUUGUUGUCAAUCAAAUUUAAAUUAACCGAAGACCAAAUUAGAGAUAGCGUAAUCAUCAUGAAUUUAUCUCUUAUUAAUUCUUCCCAAGCCAAGGAAGCAAUCACAAAGAUUGAACCAUAUGUCAGAGGAAUGGCCUAUGAUUUGGAAUUGAGAUACUCAUGGUUAUUUGCCCAUGAAGCUCUCAUCGAACAAUCAAAAGAUCAAACAGUUGCAUUACACAAGUGUAUCGAAGAAUAUCAAAAAUUAUUGACACCUCUUCAAAAAUCUCACAAGGAAAAUGGAAAUAAGAAUUUGAUACCUCACAUUUCACAUCUUGAGAAGAAGAUUGAACAAAUUCAAGCCAAGUAUUCAAAAUAA